UAAACGUGCGCGUGACCUGCGUUGUGUGAGCGCGCAGGCACGUCCUCGUCCUGCAGCGGGAGCGUUUCUUUGCAGAGACAGGGUGGGUGCGUUCCCGCAGCGGGGAAGAUGGCAGCGCUGGCAUCUCUCACCAAGUUGUCAAGUGGGAACCCUGUGUAUGAGAACUUUUACAAACAGGUGGAUCCUGGAAGUACAGGGAGGGUCGGCCCAACUGAAGCUGCCUUGUUCUUGAAAAAGUCUGGACUCGUUGACAUUACACUGGGAAAGAUUUGGGAUUUGGCUGAUCCCGAUGGCAAAGGCUAUUUGGACAAACAGGGGUUUUAUGUAGCUCUUCGGCUGGUGGCAUGUGCUCAGAGCGGACACGAAGUCAGUCUUUCCAGUCUAAGCUUCACACUUCCACCCCCUAAGUUUAAGGACACCAGCAGUCCAUCCCUCAGCAGCACUGCUUCUGUUGCCACUGAAUCACACUGGGCUGUCAGACCAGAAGAGAAGAGUAAAUUUGAUGGGAUCUUUGAAAGCCUGGCUCCAGUUAGUGGCCUUUUGUCUGGAGAAAAGGUCAAACCAGUCCUGAUCAACUCAAAGCUACCUCUGGAUGUCCUUGGGAAGGUUUGGGACCUGAGUGACAUUGAUAAGGAUGGACACCUGGACAAAGAUGAGUUUGCAGUGGCCAUGCACUUGGUGUACAGGGCCCUGGAGAAGGAACCUGUUCCUGCACUCCUGCCCUCGGCUCUCAUCCCUCCAUCUAAGAGGAAAAAGAGCCUGGGCUCAGUGGCCAGCACGGUGCCCGUUCUGCCAGCAAGCCCUCCACCACCAAAGGACUCGCUGCGUUCCACACCGUCCCAUGGUAGCAUGAACUCGCUAAACAGCACCGGCAGCCUGUCUCCCAAGCACACGCUCAAGUCUGCACAGCAUUCAGUGAGCUGGGUGGUCCCUGUGUCAGAUCGCAGUCGUUACGAUGACAUCUUCCUCAAGACGGAUGCUGAUCUGGACGGUUUUGUGAGUGGCCAGGAAGUUAAGGAAAUCUUCAUCCAGUCUGGACUUUCUCAGAAUAUCCUUGCACAUAUAUGGGCCCUGGCAGACACAAGGCAGAUAGGCAAGCUCACUAGGGAACAGUUUGCCCUCGCUAUGCACCUCAUCCAACAGAAAGUUAGCAAGGGCAUUGACCCACCACAGACUCUGACUCCCGACAUGAUUCCCCCAUCGGAGCGAGGCACUCCAGUACCGAGUUUGUCGGGAUACAUGACUCCAGUGGGAUCGGAGAUGGCUGCUCUGUCAGAGAUGAGACGGUUACCCACAUGCAAGGAGGUUGCCAAACAGCGAAAUCUCUGCAGACUGUUGGUACACAGACAUCUGCUGCCCAGCUCAGAUGUAAAGGACAGCUCGAGUUCAAUGGGAUCAGGAGAGUUCACCGGCAUCAAGGAGUUAGAUGACAUCAGCCAGGAGAUAGCCCAAUUACAAAGCACGCUUGCCUUUACACUGUGGAAUACACUAAGGGAAAAGUACACUCUAGAGCAGGACGUCAGGGAAACUGAAGAGGCCAUCAGACACAAGAGUGCAGAGGUGCAGGAGAUGCAGAAUGACCUCGACAGAGAGGCGUCCAGCCUGCAGGAGCUGGAGGCUCAGAAACAGGAUGCCCAGGACCGCCUGGAAGAAAUGGACCAGCAGAAACACAAACUAGAGGACAUGUUGAGUGAAGUACGGAUCAAGUGCCAGGAGGAGUCACAGAUGAUCUCGACCCUUCAGUCUCAGAUUCACUCCCAGGAGUCAGACCUACUGAACCAAGAGGAAGAACUGAGUCGUGCAAAGACCGACCUGGGUCACCUCCAGCAGGAGGAAAAUCAAUUGGAGCAGAGCCUGGUUGUUGGGAGGAUUCAAUUAGAAACCAUCAUCAAGUCUUUGAAAGCCACGCAGGAUGAGAUAAACCAGGCUCGCAGUAAGUUAUCCCAAAUUCAAGACAGCCAACAGGAAGUGUCGAAAAGCAUUGAGCAGUACAACAGCACGUUGAAUGGAACGCAUGGAGGGAGUAUGACCAACCUGGCUGACAUGAGCGAGGGGUUCAUUGACAGAGAGAAUGGAACAUUCCCAGCCAUGGUGAUGGCUGCACAGGAGGAUCCCUUUAAAGUGAAGUCGUCAGUGCUCAACAGUCAGCCGCAGGAGCUUCACACCGACCCCUUCCACUCUGAAGACCCCUUCAAGACAGACCCUUUCAAAGGCGACCCUUUCCAAAAUGACCCUUUUGCACAGCAGUCUUCAGCAUCAACAGCAGAUCCUUUUGGAGGAGAUCCAUUCAAAGAGACAGAUCCCUUUAAGGCCUCAUCAGAAGAUUUUUUUAAGAAGACCACUGUGGUGGAUCCCUUCUGUACAUCAGACCCCUUCAGUAAAAGUGCCACCCUACCUUCCAAGCAAGCCAGUAAUUUCACAAGCAAUGAUCCCUUUUCCUCCAGCAACCCAAAGCCCAAAGGUCAAGACGUGUUUGGCACACUGGACCCAUUUGGCAGCAGUUUGUUUAGUAGCAGCAGUAACAGCUCAGCUGGAUUUGCAGACUUCAGCCACAUGUCCAAGACCAGAGACCCUUUUGAGGGUAGGGCGGGCUGGCUCCCAGAUUACCAGAAGUCAGCGUUUGUGGAUGACCUAUUCAGCAGGAAAACUGACACACCAGCUCUACCUCCAAAGAAAAGUCUUCCCCCAAGGCCCAAACCACCAAGUGGAAAGACCACACCAGUGAACAUGUCAGGCACAGCUGACACUCCAAAACAAUGUGACCCCUUCCAGCCAUUUGGUGGUGAGACCAUUGACCCAUUUCAGAACAAAAAGUGCCCGGGAGACCCAUUCAGUGGCAAGGACCCUUUCGCUUCGACGGCAUCAAGUAAAGACUCGGGUUUUGCAGAUUUCAGUUCUGACCUGACAAAUCCAAGUUUGGAAAUGAGGCCCAGCAGUUGGAGUGGGCCAAGCGGGAGAGUGAAAGAGCAGAGCGUGAGCGGCUGAAGAGGCUCCGGCUGCAGGAGCAGGAAGACCUGGAACUGGCCAUCGCCCUCAGCAAAGCUGAGAUGUCCAACGCGUGAAUGAAUCCGCAAACAUAACCACACCACUGGAUUUACACAAAAGACCUGCACUCAAUACUUACAUUCCCCUAUUCACAGUGAUUCGUUGAGCAGAAGGACUGAACAGAAACCAAGCAGAUGCACUGUGUAUAUCUACUCAAGAAGCUGAGUGACAAUGAGUGGCUGAGUACUAACAACUGUCCUGGUGAUCCUGGUCAAUGUGUUGAUAUGUUAAGUUUUUAUUGUUGAGUAAGAACAUGAAGUAUUUAAGGAUAAAUGGUGUGACUCUCCCCAGAACAGUUGACUCACAGCGGCUUGCCUCUUCUUUGCUCAAAUAGGCUAAAGUUAAAAGUUUGAGACAGUCAUCUUUAGUCCAGACCAGCUGGGUUAUCAGAAGCGGAUCUGCCUCAGUUCCUCUGAUUACCAGAGGUUACAUGUCCACCCAGGAGCAGCAGAGCCUAAACUAACUGGACCUGAGGUCUUGGGCUGCAAUGCCCUUCUCCCUUCCUCUAAGAAAUACACAGUCUGAGAUCAAACCCAACUCCAUCUCUAAUGCCCCAGACAAUUUCAGACAGUAUGUUUGCUUAUUGGGGCUUACAUGGUGUAAAGUGUUAAAUGCAAUGAUCACAAAGACAAAGAAGAUUGUCUGGGUGGGAGUCCGAUCCCUCUUAUGUGACACAGUGCUCCUUCAGACUGUGUCUGUGCUGUGGAGAGUCACUGACCACCUUGAUGCUGUGCUGCCAUCACACAGUUAAUGAACAAAUCUCUCAUUUGUUUUAUUUAUAUAGUUCAAUGGAUUUAAUUUAGGGCGGCAUGGUGGUGCGGUGGGUAUCACUGUCGCCUCACAGCAAGAAGGUUCUGGGUUCGAUUCCCGGAGGCGGCCCUGGUGCCUUUCUGUGUGGAGUUUGCACGUUCUCCCCGUGUUUGCAUAGGUGUGAGUGUAUGAGUGUAUGGUUGUCUUUCUAUGUGUUGCCCUGCGAUGGACUGGCGACCUGUCCAGGGUGUACCCUGCCUCUCGCCCGUAGCCAGCUGGGAUAGGUCUUACUCACCCCCGUGACCCCGCACUAGGGAGUAAGCGGUUAAGAAAAUGGAUGGAUGGAUUUAAUUUAAUCUACUGGUUGUUGUUUUCUUGUUGUGUUGGUCACUCAGACAGGUGAAAAUGUUCCCACUGACUUGUGUCAAGCAGCCUGGAUGAGACACUGAUGUCUCUGUGUAGACAAACAUCUUGGACGCCUGGCUCUCAGUGCAGGUGCAGCUUCUGCAGAGACUUGGCACACACACAUUAACUAUAAGGGAUCUGAUACUUUAGCAGGAUGUUCUGAUUGUGACAUUGCGUAAUAUGAUACCCCUCUAUGAAAUCUGCGGUACGUGGGAUGCAGUCAGAGCUGGUUCUUAUGAGUAGCAUGGGCUACGUACAGACUGAUGACAACAUGCUUGUGGCGGGUACCGCAGAACCACAGCCUGGCCAGCUUCUCUUCCCAUAUGUCGUAUGUGUAGAGCCACAUGCUAAAGUCCCUUGUGAUGUGAAAUCACCUGAUUUGGACAGAAAUGCUUGAAUUGAUGUGGAGUCUCUGGACACUUCAUGCCAUUUUUGUCUUGUUUACAUAUCCUUCAUAUUUACUUAGUCCUCUCUCUAGUUACUUAGUUUUAGUCUCGCGCUAAGUCGUACACUGGCAGCAUGUUCCUGUCACUCUCUUUCAGGUCUUUAAACAGUUUUCAGCCCUGCACUUCUCCCUGCACUGCUCCCUGGCCAGUGGCCUGUGUCCAUUCACACAGCCUCGUUAUGGCUCCAUGGCUCUGUGUUUUCAGUCAGGUCUUUUUUCUACCAUUAGCUGUUUCCUGACUCUACUAUUGGUUUCUGAUCAAAUGCUGGGCCCUCCUCCCUCUGACCUCAGCCAUCUGCCGUGUACUGUUUAGACAAUGGCUUUUGCACCAUUGUUUAGAUAUCUAUGUAUUUGUUUCCGUUUACCUACUUUGUGCAAUAGAUAAUGUUAAUUUUUUGUUGUCUGUAACUGUGAAACCAGUCUUAAGCCUAAAUUUUGUACUGUUUAUUUAUGCAGCUACUUAUCUGUCUCGACGUGGUAGAGAAGGUUCCUGCUAUGAUUUUACGUCACAGAUGAAUUAUGCUUUUUAUCUCUUUUUACAGGUUGACAUAGACAGAGGUCUUAUUUUACGCACAGAAUGCUUGAUUUUUGCAUCCAUUUGAAUCAAACUGGUUUCAGCAGGAUGAUUUUUUUCACUAACAGUUUACUUUCGUGAAGCAUGGUUUUGCCUGACCUUCCUCUCUAGUAGGUUAAAUGAUCUGAGCUGUGUUUGCUCCAUACAAUGUGUAUACAGUGUAUAGUAUUAUUGUGUUAUGUUGGUAAAGCCGCACCAACAGCUGAGGACUGACUAGAUGCUUUACAUGCUCUGUGCUGUUUACUAGAAUAAACAUGUCAGUUCAGUGACUAACACA